AUGCGACUGAUCAAUACCAAGACAUUGAAGCUGUCCGAGUUCCCAGAUUCCCGAUGCCCAAAAUACGCAAUACUAUCACAUACGUGGGGGAGCAAAGAAGUCGCCCUGUCUGACUGGCAGCGACUCGAAUAUCGAGCCACUCGUAAAGGCUUUGCGAAGAUCGCUGGGCUCUGUAAGCUGGCAUCUAGCGUCUACUCUCUCGACUAUGCGUGGGUGGAUACUUGCUGCAUCGACAAGUCCAGCUCUGCCGAUCUUUCCGAAGGCAUCAACUCAAUGUACCGGUACUAUGAGGAAGCGGCUGUAUGCAUCGUGUACAUGAGCGACGUCCCUGCAAGUUGUAACGCUCUCGAAGACAAAGCAGUCAACCAAAGCAGAUGGUUCACUCGGGGAUGGACUCUCCAGGAGCUUCUCGUGCCGAAGCAUGUAGCAUUUUUUGGCCAAGGCUGGAAUCUGCUGGGCAUUCUCUCCUCAAACUCAAAAAGGGGUGAGGCCAAGUCCAUCGCAGAGUACACGAACAUCCCUGAAGAGGUUUUGAAGCACGUGAAAAGACCUUCAGGGUAA